AAAAAGCGGGUACGAUAGAGUAGGGAUAGAUUAGUUAUUAGGUGGUUAGAAAGUUAGCUAAAGGGAAAAAAAUAAAGAGAAAGUCCUCCGGAAAAGAUCAGCUAAUGAUCCCUACAGACUUGACAAACACCUGUGUCUCCGGCCUCGCCCUCGCGAAAGGUGGGGCUGGAAAAGAGGUGUUUGUCAGAGAGUGAAUUUAAAAAACGAUGGACGCGUGUAGCACGCAUGUUGGGGGUGAAAGACCCUGCGUGAGCACGAUUGAGUGACUACCAGUAAAUUGGUGCUAAAGACAGGGCUCGUGGGGUCGGAGCAUACCUGUUUUGAACACCUCAUCGUGUGAUUUAUUGUUUGUGGUUUGUGAUUUAUUGUUGUUGUUGGCACUCCGUCGCUUACGACGCCGAGGGUUCCAGUUGAUCCGAUCAACGGAACAGCCUGCUCGUGAAAUUAACGUACAAGUGGCUGAGCACUCCACAGACACGUGUACCCUUAACGUAGUUCUCGAGGAUAUUCAGCGUGACACAAUGUGACAAGGCUGACCCUUUGAAUUACAGGCACAACAGAAACAGGAAGUAAGAGUGAGAGAAAGUUGUGGUGAAAGAGUACAACAGGGUUCGCCACCAUCCCCUGCCGGAGCCUCCUGGAGCUUUAGGUGUUUUCGCUCAAUAAACACUCACAACGCCCGGUCUGGGAAUCGAAAACGGGAUCCUAUGACCGCGAGUCCGCUGCCCUGACCACUGGGCCAUUGCGCCUCCACUCUAUUGUAAUAACAGCAUGAGAAAUCAAAAUGCUUUCAAUUCUAUCAACAGCAAACUAUUUGACUAUUAAGGCAUAAAGUAAACAAGCGAACCGCCUAAAGCAUCCUGUCAUUCAAGUGGCCUGCAAUUUAAUUUGAAUUAACCAAACCUCAGUAAGAUCGACGAAAUCAUUUUUUUGUAUGGAACAUUUAUGCCUCUUUGUGUUAGAUUUCAUCUGGCUGAGACGAUGCGUCGCUCGAAGUUUUAUGCGCUCGUCAUUGCUCUAAUAACUAUCUCGACUUUUAUAUAUUUUGUGAUGAUAGUACCUAAAACCAAUAACUUACACGACGUAAAACUUCGAUAUUUUCAUCAGAGACCAUCUAACAUCAUCGUUAAUUCUGCGCUUCCUGGUGUGCCAAUUCACAAAACAGUUGUUGCUAAAAAGAAGGAAACCUUCCACCAAAAGAAAUUUUCUUCUAUUACUAAGAAAUACAAUAAUGCUAAGAACGGUUUUGGUUUCUUCACGCUUAACUGCUUAAAAUCAGUUGACAAAAGACAUAUCAAGAUUAGAAAGCAAAAAAUAUAUCAGAUAUUAAUGUUUAAUAAUGAAAUAGUAUAUCUAUAUAAAGUUUUUUAUGAUGAUCGUGACUCCCACUGGGGUAGAAAGUACCUUCAAAUUCUUGCAGUAGGUCCUAAAAUCAAUAAAACAAUUUAUGUUAACUUAUGGUUUGGUAAAGACGUAACGAGCAAAUCUGUGUCUUCAUGUAGUAUUACAAAGAAUGGCCUUGACACAAAUAUUACUUCCAACAUAUACCUCCAGUAUUUCUUCAGCUGUGAAAUAAAGGAUAACAAGAUACCUAAAUAUGUAUCACUGUAUUUUGAUAACUGUACUCCAAGGUCGAAUCUCUUGCAUGUAGAAGUACCAGAAAGAAAGCGGAAGCACAAAUUUGCCAUAUGCAUCGAGACUAGCUAUGGGCAUAUUGAUCCUUCUGUAAUUAUCGAAUUUGUCGAGUAUAAUAAAUUGAUGGGUGUUACUUCAAUCUCUGUUUACCCAUCGAUUAUUUCUACGAAUAACAGGAAAGUUUUUCAGCAAUACGAGAAAGAAGGAAUUAUAAGUAUUUCUGAGACACCAUCUCCGUUGGAUGGCGAUAGUUGGGCGAUAUUAAUGUUGAGUAGUCCGAUCUCUUACAAUGAUUGCAUGCUUCGACAAAUGUAUUCAGCGGAAUAUAUUAUUCCGAUAGACUUUGAUGAAAUCCUAGUCCCAAAAUUAUCAGCUAAAAAUUAUUCUGAGUUAUUGAAUAACAUUGAUUCUAUAUAUCGUACAAAGAAACCAUUUUCUAUAUAUUCGUUCCCGACGUUCUUAUUUUUCACAACGUGUGGGACUAAAAUCAAUGAUCCAAAAUGUAGUAACAUUUUCCGCUUCGUGUAUCGAUUAAAAACAAUUGGUCAUCUGAAAUCAAUAGUAAAUCCUCGCAAGUGCUUGAGUGUGUUUAAUCAUUACUGCAAAGUAAAUUUUAAAUAUUUGAAAGGCCCUGGUAGGGUUUUUGUAGACACUAGUGUUGCUGUAGUCCAUCACUAUCGAAAGUCAUGGUCACAAAGAUUUUGUAAACAACUUUUUUCUGAAAAUCUCAUUGAUACUUAUUCUAAAGAUAAAUUCGGAAAAAGGUUGUUGAAACCUCUUCAGAAUAAAUAUAAUAUGUUUAAACGAUUAAAUCUCGUCUAAAAAUAAAAGAACAUCGAUACUUUAUGUAAAAAUAAAUUCGGGUAGAAAUGGUAUUAUUUCAUUUUAUUUAAUUUUCAUUAAAAAAAAAAAAGAAGCCAUCUUUCGUUUUGAAGUGGGGAUCGAUGACAUAUUUACAACCGAUUACGAUACUGUUGACACUGUGUAACAUAGGUUUUAUCCUUGGGUAGCAACUGUCGUUUCCUAUUUGCUUACCCGAAGAAAGUAUGAAAAAUGGCUAAUAUUUCCUUUGCUUUUGUUACACUUAUUCAAAUCCCAAAGAAUUUCUCUCAACACAUGGCUAUGAUGAUCCCUCAACUACUCCUGCUCGUGAUCAGAGAUGCACACAUUGUCAGCCAUCCUCAAGUGGUUAGGGUCAAGCAUCUGACAAGCAAAUCUGGGGUAUUGGGCAGAAUAUUUGCUAAAAUGAUAUAUCUGCUUCAGUAAGUCAGCUCUGAAUCUGUCUAAAAUGUAAUGGAAAAUAGAUGAAUUUUAAAACAUUGACGUCCAGGUCACAAAAGCAUAGUAGCCAUUUCCUUUCAUUUCUAGGUUGAAGCAAAUAGGAAAUAACGCUUACUGACCAAAGACAAAAGAGAGAGAGAGAGAGAGAGAGAGAGGAAAAAGGACAAUUUUGUUACACAGUGUUAUCAGUUGUGUGCAUUCUCCCUCUCGGGAAACUGGGUGAUUUUAAAGUUUUGCUUAUAGUUAAUCCACUGCAUUCUUCCAACGGGUGAAAAAAUAAUACUCUAUCAACACAGUAUGUUCAGUCUCAUAUGAUAUGCUUAAAUUCUUAAGUUUGUAUUCGAAGAUAAAUAAAAGUUCAAUUAAUAUCUGAUCGCUG